UUAUUGAAUGCAAAAGUAAUACACAAAUAAUGACAACAAUCAGUCAACAACUGAUCCACAAUUGUUGACAACUAGUUGUCAUCACUUAUCAACUCAGAUGACAUACAUGUCAUAACCUCUUAAUUAUCAUUGUUUGAGUCCAACUGGUGGUCAAUCAAGUGAUCAUUUGUUGAUAAUUUGCAGACAUAAUUGAUUUGUCGGUUUGUUUUGAUUAUUGUUUGAAACCUUUGGUUAAUAACAAUAACUUUAUUGACAACAAGUGAAGACAACUGAUUGAAGAGACCAUUGUGUUGGUCUUAUCCAUUAUCACCACAUAAUUGGUCUCAUUGUAGUGUAAAGACAAUCAGCCAUGUCUUCGUCCGCCAUCUACUUCUUGGACCUGAAGGGAAAAGUGUUGAUCUCACGGAACUAUAGGGGAGACGUCGAUAUGAAUUCAAUCGAUAAGUUUAUACCAAUAUUAAUGGAGAGAGAAGAAGAUGGUUCAUUGAAUCCCAUUUUAAGACACAAUGACAUCAAUUUUGCAUUUAUUAAAUUCAAUAAUCUUUACAUCGUUUCUGUGACCAAAAAGAAUGCUAAUAUAGCUCUGAUUUUUGCAUUUCUUCAUAAAAUUGUUAACGUUUUGGUCGAGUAUUUUAAAGAGCUUGAAGAGGAAAGUAUUCGCGACAACUUUGUUCUUAUAUAUGAACUGUUGGAUGAAUUAAUGGAUUUCGGAUACCCUCAGACCACUGAUGGAAAGAUUCUUCAAGAAUACAUUACACAAGAGAGUCACAAAAUGGAGGUACAGGUUAGGCCACCGAUGACAGUGACCAAUGCUGUCUCGUGGCGUUCAGAAGGAAUCAAAUAUCGUAAAAAUGAAGUAUUUCUUGAUGUCAUCGAAUCGGUUAAUUUGUUGGCAAACGCCUCCGGAAGUGUACUUCAAAGCGAAAUUGUUGGCUCAAUCAAAAUGAGAGUAUAUUUAUCGGGAAUGCCUGAACUGAGGUUAGGCCUUAAUGACAAAGUAUUGUUUGAGAGUACGGGUCGCGGCAAAAGUAAAUCAGUAGAACUGGAAGACGUAAAGUUCCACCAAUGCGUCCGAUUAUCACGAUUUGAAAACGACAGGACUAUAUCAUUCAUUCCUCCCGAUGGAGAGUUUGAGCUCAUGUCCUAUCGGCUCAACACACACGUCAAGCCUCUCAUUUGGAUUGAGUCUGUUAUUGAAAGACAUCAACAUUCAAGAGUGGAAUACAUGAUUAAAGCUAAGAGUCAAUUCAAGCGUCGCUCCACAGCUAACAACGUCGAGAUUAUAAUACCGGUUCCUCACGACGCAGACACACCUAAAUUCAAGACAUCAAUCGGUAGCGUUAAAUAUACACCAGAAGUGAAUUCAGUUGUUUGGAACAUUAAAUCAUUUCCGGGAGGAAAGGAGUAUCUGAUGAGAGCCCACUUUGGUCUGCCAUCAGUAGUCAGUGAAGAGAUUGAAGGACGGCCUCCCAUUCAAGUAAAGUUUGAGAUCCCGUAUUUCACUACUUCGGGAAUACAGGUUCGCUAUCUUAAGAUUAUUGAGAAGAGCGGUUAUCAGGCGUUACCAUGGGUUCGGUAUAUCACUCAAAAUGGUGAUUAUCAGCUCAGAACCAAUUAAAUUGUUUUUAAUUUAUUUUAAGAUUUAUAUAAAAAUAUUUUGCAUUCCCAGCGAAUAGUAU